AUGUCAGAUAGAUAUAGUUUUUCAUUAACAACUUUUUCACCUUCGGGCAAGCUUGUUCAAAUCGAGUAUGCAUUGAAUGCGGUUGCUCAAGGUGUAACAAGCAUUGGUAUUAAAGCUACAAAUGGUGUUGUUGUUGCUACUGAGAAAAAAACAGCUUCACCAUUGAUUGAUGAUUCAUCACUUGAAAAAGUUGCAAAUGUUUGUCCAAAUAUUGGUAUUGUUUAUUCUGGAAUGGGACCAGACUUUAGAGUAUUAUUGACAAAGGCAAGAAAGGCAGCUCAAAAAUAUAAAAGAAUAUAUAAUGAGUAUCCACCAACAGGAAUAUUGGUUAAAGAAGUUGCUGGUGUAAUGCAAGAAUUUACUCAAAGUGGUGGUGUACGUCCAUUUGGUGUAUCUCUUCUUAUUGUGGAAUUAUAUCAAGUAGAUCCUUCAGGAUCAUACUGGGCAUGGAAAGCAUCUGCUAUUGGAAAAAAUAUGGUUAAUGCAAAAACUUUCUUGGAAAAACGGUAUUAA